AUGGUCCAGCGAGUCAAAGAACUCAUCAGCACCCCGCUCCUCCCCGAGCACCGGCCUUGGUGUCAGUUUGCAGGCACGUGGCUCCUGGUGGCCGUGGCCUCUUCGUGCCGCUUCCUGCAGGAGCAGAGCCACCGAGUGGAGGCCACAGCUCUGUCUGUGACCCCCCAGGGCACAGCAUUGGCCGUCAGCACCUUCCGAAAGCUGGACGGGAUCUGCUGGCAGGUUCGACAGCUCUGGAGAGAUGCGGGGGUUCCGGGGCGGUUCCUGCUCCCAGCCCGAGGUGCCCAGGGAGCUGUGGACGUGGUGGUCGCAGAGACAGACUACAGGGACUUCGCCAUCCUGUUCCUGGAGCGGGCGCGGCAGCUCACUGUGAAACUGUACGCCCGCUCAGUCCCCGUGAGCGACUCCGUGCUGAGCGAGUUUGAGCGGCAGGUACGGGCUGCCCGGCUGACCGAGGAGCACACUGUUUUCUUCCCCAAGUACGGUUUCUGCCAGGAAGCAGACCAGUUCCACCUCCUGGAUGAGGUGAGACGCUGACUCCCCAGCGAGGGCCGAAGGGGACAGGAGGCACCUGUACGAGAAAUGGCCUGCAGAGAAGACCCCUGGGCAGAGAGGGCCCACUGGCCCUCUCCUCGGGGGCCACCACCAGACAAUGUAGACUGCCCUUCCGUCCCCCAGAAGUUCCUGGAUCCAGCCUCAAUCAAUCUCCUUCUCAUUAAAUGCAUUCAGACGUC